AAACAUUGCAUUCUCUCCUAUCCUUUACACUUUCCAAAACCCUCCAGUUUGGAAAUAUGAAUCUCCCCUCAAGGUGUUUGCUUUUACUGAGUAUGUUGCUGGCGAUCGAUUUGGACGAGGUACAAACGAGUUACUAUGUGGAGCCGGCGGACACAGAGGAUGCAAUCGAUUACAAGGAUCCCUGCAAAGCUGCUGCAUUUCUGGGAGAUAUCGCCUUGGAUGAGGAUGACCUGCGCAUGUUCAAGAAGGCCGGCAUCCUGAAAACAAGCCAGCAAACCGUCCAGAGCGUCAAACUCAGGCCUGCAGACGCUUCAGCCAAUGAGACUACUCUGAAUGGCACGACACCAGGCCCAUACAUUGCUGAGCUGGACCUAAACAUUACUGCGUCUGAAAAUCGACGCUCCCGUCGUAGGAAAAGGGCGGCCACCUCCCGGCCCGAGAGGAUCUGGCCAGAUGGGAUCAUCCCGUUCGUGAUGAGUGGGAAUUUCACUGGCAGCCAGCGGGCGAUAUUCCGGCAGGCCAUGCGUCACUGGGAGAAGCACACCUGCGUGACAUUUAUUGAGAGAACGACCGAGGAGAGCUACAUCAUGUUCACCUACCGACCGUGUGGAUGUUGUUCCUAUGUAGGCAGAAGAGGUGGGGGUCCCCAGGCCAUUUCCAUUGGAAAGAACUGUGACAAGUUUGGCAUUGUGGUGCACGAGUUGGGCCACGUGAUUGGGUUCUGGCAUGAGCACACUAGGCCUGAUAGGGACGACCACGUCAGCAUCGUCAGAGAGAACGUCCAGCCAGGACAGGAGUACAAUUUCCUUAAGAUGGAACCUGGGGAGGUUGAUUCGCUGGGGGAAACAUAUGACUUUAACAGCAUAAUGCACUACGCUAGGAACACAUUCUCCAGGGGCAUCUUCCUGGACACUAUCCUCCCACGCUACGAUGUGAAUGGGGUGCGGCCGCCUAUCGGACAGAGGACACAGCUAAGCGAGGGGGACAUCGCCCAGGCCCGCAAACUCUACAAGUGUCCAAAGUGCACCAAAAGCCUGCAGGCCAGCAUUGGAGAGUUCUCCUCACCUGGGUUCCCCAACGGAUACUCUCCCUACGUGCACUGUGUCUGGAGGAUAUCGGUCACACCUGGGGAAAAGAUCAUCCUGAACUUCACCUCCUUGGACCUUUACCAAAGUCACCUGUGCUGGUACGACCAUGUGGAGAUCAGAGAUGGUUACUGGAGCAAAGCACCACUGAAAGGUCGUUUCUGUGGUGACAUGGUGCCAGAGCCAAUCAUCUCCACCAGCAGCCGGCUCUGGGUUGAGUUCCGGAGCAGCAGCAACUGGGUGGGCAAAGGUUUCUCGGCUGUGUAUGAAGCUAUAUGUGGAGGGGAAGUGCAGCGGGACAUAGGGCAGAUCCAGUCCCCCAACUACCCAGAUGACUAUCGGCCCAACAAGGUGUGCGUGUGGACGAUCACAGUGGCACAGGGCUUCCAUGUGGGCCUCGCAUUCCAGGCUUUUGAGAUUGAGAGGCAUGACAGCUGCUCCUAUGACUAUCUGGAGGUGCGUGAUGGAAACUCAGAAACCAGCCACCUCCUUGGCAGAUUCUGUGGCUACAACAAGCCAGAUGACAUCAAGACCAGCUCCAACCAGCUGUGGAUGAAGUUUGUGUCUGAUGGGUCUGUUAACAAGGCUGGCUUUGCUGUCAACUUCUUUAAAGAGGUGGACGAGUGCUCCGAGCCAGACAAUGGCCGCUGUGAGCAGCGCUGUGUGAACACUCUGGGCAGCUACCAGUGUGCCUGUGAACCUGGGUUCGAGCUGGCAUCCGACAAACGCAGCUGUGAGGCAGCUGCCUGCGGUGGCUUCAUCACAAAACUGAACGGCUCCAUCACCAGCCCUGGCUGGCCAGGCGAAUACCCUCCCAACAAGAACUGCAUCUGGCAUCUGGUGGCCCCCACCCAGUACCAAAUCACCCUCCAGUUUGACACUUUUGAGACUGAGGGCAAUGACGUGUGUAAAUACGACUACCUGGAGGUAUGGAGUGGCCUUUCCACUGAUUUCAGGCUCCAUGGAAAGUUCUGCGGGCCAGUGAAACCAGAGCCAAUCACGUCGCAGUACAACAACAUGCGAAUCGAGUUCAAGUCUGACAACACAGUCUCGAAGAAGGGGUUCAAGGCCCAGUUCUUUGCUGACAAGGAUGAGUGUUCUGUGGAGAACGGUGGCUGUCAGCAGGAGUGUGUCAACACCCUCGGCAGCUACAGCUGUCAGUGCCAGAGUGGCUUUGUGCUGCAUGAGAACAAGCGCGACUGCAAAGAAGCGGGCUGUGAACACAUAGUGAACAGUGUGAGUGGAACCAUUACCAGUCCCAACUGGCCUGAUGCAUACCCCAGCAAGAAGGCCUGUUCCUGGGCCCUCUCCACCACCCCUGGGCACCGCAUCAAACUGGUAUUCAACCAGAUUGACAUGGAGGCCCACUUGGAGUGUGCGUACGACCACACGGAGGUCAACGACGGGCGUGACGACAAGGCUCCGAGCAUGGGCCGCUUCUGCGGCACCAAGAAGCCCCUGCCCCUCGUUUCCAGCAGCAACAACAUGUUCCUGCGCUUCUUCUCUGACAACUCGGUGCAGAAGAAGGGAUUUGAGGCCUCAUUCUCUGCUGAAUGUGGUGGAAGCCUGAAAGCAGAGGUGAAGACGAAGGACUUGUACUCCCAUGCUCAGUUUGGGGAUAAUAACUACCCCGGAGCCUCGGAAUGCCAUUGGGUGAUCACGGCAGAGAAAGGUUUUGGAGUGGAACUCAUCUUCCACACGUUUGAGAUUGAGGAAGAGGCUGACUGCGGCUAUGACUACAUGGAGCUCUUUGACGGGACGGAUACCAAAGCCCCCAGACUUGGGCGGUACUGCGGUUCAGGGCCCCCAGAAGAAAUCUACUCAGCCGGUGACUCCAUCCUCAUCAAGUUCCGCUCAGACGACAGCAUCAACAAGAAGGGUUUCCACCUGCGAUACACCAGCACCAAGUUCCAGGACAUUCUGCACACCAGCAAGUGACCUGGGGGGGGGUGGGGGCUGGUCGGGGGCCAAAAGUGAGACACCCGCCCAACUUCAGCACCACUCCUAGACUCCUUUAGGAUGAGGGGAGGCCCCCCUCACCCCCAUGACAGUGAGGAGAAAAGCCAUUCUGCAAUAGAUCC